ACUUGUUUUCUUUAUCCAGGAAUAUAAGUAUAUUUGAAAAGAAAACAUAUUUUUUAAGAAGGUGAUAUAUGGCAACUAUUGAAAAAGUAAUAAAGAAAAACUAAACAAGCUAGCCGGUUAACAAUUCGUUUAAUAAUCGUUAAAUAAAUAACAACAAAAAUAUUCAGUUUUUUAACUGCAAUAUAUAUGAAACAUGGAGAGUUUCUGUAGAGGAUGUCUAUCGAAAUAUGACCCGAUUGAGUUAAUACAAUAUAGUGAAAAAAAUAGAAGGUUAUUUGUGUACUCUACUGGUUUACAGGUCAAACGGAAUGACACUUUCAUAUUCCAAUUAUGUAAAGAAUGUUCUAUAAACAUGAAGACGGCGUGUAAUUUCAAAAAGAAUUGCCGCAACUCUGAUAAAAAGCUCAAAAGUUACAUAGAACUAAAGGAAUCUGGUGAAAACAUAGAAUUUUGCACAUUUCUUAAAAACACUGAUGAUACCAUAAAAUUCAGGCUUCCAAUGAAUAUUGGAAACAGUACGCCGGCUCAUCAAAAGAUCCGGGAUGAUGAUAAUGAAUCAACAUGUACAAGCAUACAAAACUUCAUGACGGAUAUCCUUCAAGCUGAAGAAAUUCCAGACAGUGAGGCACGCAUCAUCAGGGAAGUGAUAGAGGAGGAAGCAGAUAUUUUGGAAGACUCCUUAGACUCCCAUUGGCUGCAGGAUGAUGUCUCAGUUGAUAGUGAUUAUAGGUUGGAUUUUAGUUUCAGUCCUUUUUCUACACCUCGUUCAGCUAUUAAUGAGAACCAAUUCAGUCCAAUUAAAUUGACUAACCAACUAAAAGACAGUGAAAUAGAAAAACAUAAUCCAGAAUUGAUUAUUGAAAAUGUAGCACAAAAUAAUGUAGAAAAUAUUUUUACAAGUAAACCGGCCAUUAGUUUGAAUGAUAGCGACUUUAAAAAUGAGUUUAAUUUGAAUAUAGCACAAGAUAAAAAAUGCGUAAUAGAUGUUAAUUUAGAAAAUGCGCUGAGAAAUGACACAGCCCAGAAAGUGUCACUGGAAGAACUGAUUUCUACUCCUCCCAUGAUUCCAAAUAUAUCAGGACCUCCUACACCUGUGAUAAAAAAUAUUCUAUUUGGAAAUAAUAUAGAUCUUGAUAGUGAAAUAACACAAAAGGAAAAUUUAGAUUGUCAACAUCGUAAAGAAGAAUUAAGAGAUAUACAGCCAGAUAUUGAUGUGAUAGAUGAAUUUCUUAAUGUUAAUCAUGUAAAUUUAAAAGAAAAUACUGAAGAUAUUGAAUUUAGUAAUAGUUUAAUGGAUUUGGAUGAAGUUGAGAGUAUAGAUAUAUAUUUUAAUAAAACAUUAGAGAAAGAAUCAGAUGACAAUGAUAUGAAAAGGUCUAUGUCACCUAUAGAAAAUAAAUAUUGCAUAACAAACUUCUAUUGUAAAAUGUGCAAACGUCAGUUUAAAAAUUUAUUAGCAUUAAAAGUACACUGCACAAAAUAUCAUAAAUUUAAAAUAGAGAAACCAAAAACGAAACGGAUUAGGAAACAGUAUAUUUGUGACUUCUGUGGACAACUGUUUGCAUCAUCGAGGUGUAUUGUGAAGCACCUUGAAAGACAUCAGAAACCAAAAACGUAUGAAUGCAAGAAAUGUACCUUGACAUUUAAGACAGAGGCUGGGAUGAGAUUACAUGAAAGCAUUCACACGGGGAUCAGAAUAAAGAACAGAAAUAGUAAAAAAAAAUAUGUUUGUAGCGUUUGUGGAGCAGUAUGCAGCAGUUCUUCAAAUUACAAUAUCCACAAAAGACGGCACCUAAAUAAAUUUACAAUAUCAUGUGAAGAGUGUGGGAAAGGCUUCUAUAGAACUUCCGAUUUGGUAAUCCAUAUGAGAAAACAUACUGGGGAGCGACCUUAUGAAUGUAAAUAUUGCCCCCGCCGUUUUAUCCGGCAAGAUAUUCUUAGCAGACAUAUGAAAUGUCAUACAGGCGAGAAACCUUUCACUUGUCAAUUCUGUGAUACAAAGUUCUGCAAAGCAUAUGAUUUGAAGUCUCAUCAAAGUAAAUCCAAAUUAUGUAUCCAUCGUCAGAUGGAAGUAAUAAAGGAGAAAAACGAUGUAGAAAAUGAAAUACUUGUUACAAAUGCUUUUGUAUUUUAAAUACACUAUUUGUAAGCAAAAAGAAAAUGUGUAAAUAAAUAUAAAUACAUUAUUAAAAA